ACCACCACACAAUCGCUAGUCAGCUCACCAGUCAACUUUUGAGCUACCACUCUUCUUAACGGAGAACUUCCGAUGGCUCAAAAAUCUCCAUGAGUUUCAAUCCAAUGAUCUGCAACUCACAUACUAUCAACUAUCAUCUUCUUUUGUUUCUUCUUGUUGUGCAGAUAAUUGGGUCUCUCUUACUUCAACAUUGUGAAGGAAGAGAGACAAUAACAAUUGACAAUGAGAUCAGAGACGACAAUGAAACGCUAGUAUCAGCUGGAGAACGAUUUCGAUUGGGUUUCUUCACUCCAGAAGGAGUCCAUAACAAAGAGAGAUUCGUCGGGAUAUGGUACUACAGAGAUCCAAAAACAGUUGUAUGGGUGGCCAACCGAAAUAAAAAUCUCUCCGAUUCCUUUGGAGUUUUUGGCAUUGCUGAUGAUGGCAACCUCAAGGUACUCGAUAGAAAUAAAAUUACUUACUUUUCCACUGAUCUCGAAAGCUCUUCUGCUUCUAACAGGACAGUGAAGCUGUUUGAUUCUGGAAACUUGGUUUUAAUUGAUAAUCAAUCAGGAAGUGUUUUAUGGCAAAGCUUUGAUCACCCAACAGACACUUUUCUCCCCGGAAUGAAGAUGGAUGACAAAAAAAAAUUGACCUCAUGGAAAAGUGCAAAAGACCCAGGAAGGGGAAACUUUACGUUCGAACUAGAUGAAGAACUCAGCAACGGACCUAUUUACCUCACCCGUAAAAGAACGACGACAUACUGGAAAAGUGGAGAUUCAGGUGGAUUCGACAGCCCCAACGAAUUGCCCUCAGGAGUGGCUUACUUGCUCUCAAAUUUUAGUACGAAGUCAAAAAGGUACAAAAAUCUUAUAGUUACUGAACGCUCUUACAAUAAUACGAGGCUGUUGAUGAACUCCUCUGGCGAGAUACAAUAUUUUAAUUGGAGUAACGGUAACAACUUGUGGUCGUUGAUAUGGUCAGAGCCUCGCGACAAUUGUAGUGUAUAUAAUUUUUGUGGCAAAUUUGCUAGCUGCAACAGCCAGAAUAGUACAGUGUGCAACUGUGUGGCAGGGUGUGAGCCUGUUUCACCGGAAAACUGGGUUACGGGAGAUUUUGAAAGUGGGUGUACUCGGAAAUCACCAACAUGCAACAAAGAGGGGAGUGAUAUUUUUCACAACUUGAUGCUGAUGAAGGUGGGGAAACCGGACUCGCAGUCGUACGACGCGGCCGAUAGUGAUGAGGCUUGCAGAAAGGAGUGUCUUGACAAUUGCCAUUGCCAGGCUUAUUUAUAUAAUGGAGGCAAUGAUACAGGAAGGGUAAGUGAUAACAGUACACAUGGAUGCUGGAUUUGGAACACGGAUCUCAUCAAUCUUCAGGAGGGAUACCCCGACUAUAACCUUUCGAUCCGUGUGGCAGCUUUCGAGAUAGGAGGCGGAAACCCUAAUAACCAAUCAAAAGUGCCUCAGAAUAGCGAGACAGUCCCUCUGAAAAGCGUGAUUAUAUCUACAACUCUGAUUUUCCUGAUCCUUCUAUUAUGCAGCUUUAGCUAUGUUGUUUAUCGACGAAAAACGGCAGCCAAAAGAAGAGAAACCAGAGAAGGCAUGCGUGGGAAUCCUUUAACGCACUUACAUGACAGCGAACGACAAGUCAGAGAAUUGAUAGGUACAAGCCAUUUUAAAGAUGAUGACAAGGAAGCCAUUGAUGUACCUUUUUUUGAUAUGGAAAUCAUACUAGCAGCUACAAAUAACUUCUCCGAUGAAAAUAAACUUGGACAAGGAGGAUUUGGGCCCGUUUACAAGGGCAUGCUUCCUGGAGGACAAGAAGUAGCUGUAAAGAGGUUGUCAAUCUAUUCAGGUCAGGGAUUGGAGGAAUUCAAGAAUGAGGUUGUCUUGAUUGCUAAACUUCAACACAGAAAUUUAGUCAGACUAUUGGGCUAUUGUAUCAAGGCAGAGGAAAAGAUUCUACUCUACGAAUAUAUGCGAAACAGAAGCUUAGAUGCCUUUAUAUUUGAUCAAACACUUGGCAUGUUAUUGGGUUGGGAGAAACGCUUCGACAUCAUUUUGGGUAUCGCUCGAGGGCUUCUUUAUCUUCACCAAGAUUCCAGGUUGAGGAUUGUUCAUAGAGAUUUGAAAACAAGCAACAUUUUGUUAGAUGAGGAGAUGAAUCCCAAAAUUUCCGACUUUGGCUUGGCAAGAAUAGUUGGAGGUAAAGAAACAGAAGCAAAUACCAACAGAGUCGUUGGAACCUAGUAAGUACAAGAGCUUUGGCAUUACUGUAGAAGCAAGAUUGCCCUGUUUUAUCAUUCAUCACACAGACUUUGCCCCUUUAUGGAUAAAAGGCCAGUUGUGACUAAUAUUUAGGGGUACAAAUGAACUGAUUCGUUUAAAAACAACUUGGGAUCGGCUCGAUAAACACUUUUUAAGUUUGUUCAUUUAUUAAAAGAACCAACCUCAAUCUCAAUUUUGAAACUUGUUUAAGGAACUAGUUAAGCCUGAUUAUUACUGUUUGACUUGUUAGGCUCAUAAACAUACAUUUAUAUGCACAUAUAUAUUAUAAUUUUAUGUAUCAUAUAUGUAGCCUUAUGUAUAUAUAUUAUACAUGAUAAUUUUUAAAUGGAUAGAUGAGCCAAGUUUGAUUUUGAACAUGAGUCUAAACUUGAAUUUAAGCUUGAGCUUAGUUGUGAAAUCGGAUGAGUUGAGCUUGAGUUUAGACACAAAAUUAUCGAACUAAGCUUGAAGAUGUUUAGAAUUCAUCACAAUUCCAAACCGGCUCCAAACACUCUUCAUGAAUGAAUGAGCCGAUCCCGAACAACAAAAGCUCAACUUAGCUAUGUUCAUUUGCACCCCUAUAUAUUCUGAUAUUCUAAUUUCUCUUCCCUGAGAUAUGGUGCAAUGCAGUGGCUAUAUGUCUCCAGAGUAUGCAUUAGAUGGAUUGUUCUCAAUUAAAUCAGAUGUCUUCAGUUUUGGAGUUGUUGUCCUCGAGAUUAUUAGUGGGAAAAGGAACACAGGAUUUUAUAAUUCUAAAGAAGCCACGAAUCUUCUAGGCUAUGCUUGGAGAUUGUGGAAGGAAGAGAGGGCAAUGGACUUGGUGGACCAGACACUCCUGGAAUCAUGCAGUAGAAGUGAAGUUUUGAAGUGCAUAAAUGUUGGGCUCUUGUGUGUGCAAGAAGAUCCCAGUGAUCGUCCCACCAUGACAAAUGUAGUGUUAAUGCUCGGCGGUGAAACUGCAACUCUUCUGAACCCUAAACAACCGGCUUUUGUAGCAAGAAAACGCCUUUCCAGCACACCUUCUUCUUCCUCAAGUAAACAAGAAGCACAGUCCCAUAAUGAGUUGACAUUUUCUCUUGGAGAAGGUCGAUAAUGGUGUUCUUGAUUUAUGUUCUUCUUUAUCCAGGCUAAAACAGUUUUACUGGCCAAGUUUUGACAAUUAGGCAGGCACAUUUAGCUAUUCAGUUUAAUAUACGCUGAUA